CCUGAGAGGAGCCUAUUUAAAAUGUGGCUUGUCAUGCUCUCCAAUAUUAAAUCUUUUUUUCAUGUGCUUUAUGUACUUCCCAUAGUUGAGAAGACUUUGUUUUGGGCUGUAGCAAGUGGUCAGCAUGUUAGACAAAGUGAUAAUAAAGAGAGGGUAGGGAGGCAGGAGGGAACUCUUGAGUCUAGCUGGAAGAGGAAAAAAAAAAGGAUCUAACUAAACCAAAGAGCAGCUUUCUCAUUGCAACAUGCAGUAAUUUGAUUCCAAGACUGUGUUCUGGGGUGUACUAACUGAGUGUUUCAGUUCCUUCAAGAAAAUAAGUUGAGUCAAUUGUAAAAGAUUCUCUAAUACGACACCUUAAAAAUAAAGAAGUAUUAACAUCCUUAUCCAUCCAUUGGGGUGAUGCAGAAUGCCUUAUUUCUGUACCAAGAAGUAACUCUUGAGGGAAUGGUAUUUUCCUAAAUGUCACAAUGCCAAGCUUGCAAGAGGUUUAAAUGUCAUCCCAGAGGAGAGCUUUCUCUGAAAGGAAGAAAAAAAUGUUGUUUUUGAGUAAGAGCUUCAGUUCUUUAGUGUCUCUCCCCCUGCAACUGACAAAUGUAUAUUUUGGAGUAGAGCAGUCUCUCCAAGCCUAUAAAAUACCUGGUUUUAUUUCAGUAUUUUGGGGGUAUUUUCUGUCUUCUGAAUUACUCUGUUUUUUAUUUGCAUUAUUUGAUCAAAAUGUAAAAUUUGAUCAAAUGUACAAAAUGUAAAUUUCAUGAAGCAUCUUUACAUUCUGUCUUUUUGGGCUUAAUACUCAGUUAAAUCCAAUGGAAGUUUAACUUUCCAAUACUUGAUCUGUAGAUCAUAUGAGUACUAUGUCUUCUGCUAGUCAUGAGCUUGAUAUUUUCAUAUUGGGGUGAAAUUUAGCUGUAUGAGUGUAUUUUUUCUAAACUUGGUAGCUGGAAACUUCCUGAAGAAGCUUGUAGAUUUGCAGGCUCCAGUAAGGCUGUUACUCACCAGACUUGUCAGUGUGGAAGUAUGAAGCAGUGACUGGUGAAAGAGGUGGCAAAAGAAGAUUGGUAACAGGAUGUUGUUGUUCUAAAGAGGCUUUUAUUAUUUCAAGUUUGAGAGAUUCUUAUAUUCUUUAUAUUCUUUUCCUAAAUUCCUUAUGAUAAUGCAGUGAAGUCUGAGAAACAUGAUCAGAAAAUUGUGUGAGUUACAUGCUUUUUAUAUUAUAUUUUAAUUGCAUUUUCCCUUUGACAGCAUGAUAAAGAUUGGACGUUAAAACCCCAUAAUUGGCAGGGAGUCAUAUAUUUAGAUCUUAAACUAGCCCUAUGAGUAGUCCUACUGCAUUACACAGAGUAUGCCUCUCUUAAACAUGCACAACACAUCUACAGGAAAAUUCUUAUUUUUUUUUUCCCAUAAAUGCAUCUAAUAUUGCUUGGCAAUUGAAAAGUUCUUUCAAGAAUCUAUUCUGCAGACACAAUCUAAAGUAGUGAGAAUACUGAUUCUGACCUCCACUGCUGUGUUCCCUGUAACUGAGUUCUUUGUCUUUUCUUCCCUUCCCCUUUACCUAUUGCAAAACCAAUCUGCACUUUAGGACUCGCUUUGUAGGCUAUGUGUUUGUUUUGUCUUUAAUUUUUCAUGGCUUUUACUGUUCCUUUUGCAUAUGUUAGUGCUACAGCUGCUAACAUUCUCAGUAUCUCUGGCUUGUGUAAAAGCGUUAAAAUGCUGAAAUGCCCUAUGUUCAUCUGCAGUUUUAGAAAUGCUUCAAAAGACAGCAGGGUCUGGGGAAGAAGGCAGCUCUCCCAUGUUGUGGACAGCUUACAAUUUAUGAAUGCUUCAUUAGAGAAGGGGGUGUCAGGAAGACAUUCCAGACACCCCAGGCAAGGAAGAGCUAUAGAAGACCAUGAAUUAGUGAUGGAAGUCCAGUCAAACUGGGGAAUGCAAGAGGAAAACAAAUUGUAUUUUAGAAAAAAUUAUGCCAAAUAUGAAUUUUUCAAAAAUCCUGUGAGCUUUUUCCCAGAUCAUAUGUUAUCUUUUCCAAAUGAGACCAAUGCAGCUCUAAGCCACUCUGGGAUAUUACAGAUGUUCCUAAGCUCCAGCACAUAUCCUGAGAUUCAUGGUUAUUUGCAUGCAAAGGAACAGGGGAAAAAAUCAUGGAAAAAAAUGUUCUUUCUUUUGAGAAGAUCCGGUCUUUAUUUUUCCACUAAAGGUACAUCUAAGGAGCCAAGGCAUCUGCAGUUUUUCUGUGAAUUCAGCAAUAGUGAUAUGUACAUGUCUUUGACAGGCAAAAAGAUUUCUGGAGCACCAACAAACUAUGGAUUCUGCUUUAAGCCUAACAAAUCAGGAGGAACCAGAGACCUGAAACAGCUCUGUGCAGAUGAUGAGCAAAGUAGGACCUGUUGGAUGACAGCAAUUAGGUUGCUUAAGUAUGGGAUGCAGCUGUAUCAGAAUUACAUGCAACCAUAUCAAGGUAGAAGUGGCUGCAGCCCUUUGAAUAUAACACCCAUGAGAAGUAUUUCAGAAAAUUCUUUAGUAGCAAUGGAUUUCUCAGGACACAGAAGCAGAAUUAUAGAAAAUCCAAUGGAAGUCCUUUCAGUUGCAGUUGAAGAGGGAUUAGCAUGGCGGAGGAGAGGGUGUCUACGACUCAACUCACAUGGUAGUCCUAUUGCCAUGUCUGACAUGGCUAUACACAAAUCUCAGUCUUGGUUUCAUCAUAGAAUCUCUAGAGAUGAAGCUCAGAGACUUAUUUUGCAGCACGGACUUGUAGAUGGGGUAUUCUUGGUACGUGAUAGCCAAAGUAACCCCAAAACAUUUGUAUUGUCAUUGAGUCAUGGAUUAAAAAUAAAGCAUUUUCAAAUUGUACCAUUGGAAGAUGAUGGGAAACUAUUUUAUACCCUUGAUGAUGGUCAAACCAGAUUUACUGAUCUCAUCCAGCUAGUGGAAUUCUACCAACUUAAUAAAGGAGUACUGCCUUGCAAGUUAAAACACUAUUGCGCACGAAUUGCUCUUUAACCAAAGCAUCUGUUGUUUCAUCAAAGGCAGAGGAAGAUACUAGAAUACUUUUUCCCCUCAAGGCAAUUUCUAUAGUAAGAAGUGAAAAAGCAUUACAUUGUAAAGAUUCUAAGUUUUAGCUACCAAAUUAAAAAAUAAAAAUAAAAAAAUCUAUAUAGGUAAGAAUUUUGCAUUGUGAUUGUCAAAGCAAAAUAACUUUAUGGUUUUAAAAAAUGUUAUUUCAUAUGUAAUUCUUUAGUGUUGUCUUGGACUCUUGUUCUUUUUUUCCCAACUGAAAACAGUUUUUUUAAAAAAUACUGUGCGACUUCUACAAAAGUAUAACUGAUUGUUCUUGGAUUUAAAAUGAACUUUGUCUUUCAAAUGUUUCUCAUAAGUUCUGUUCAUUACAUGGAAGAAUAACAUUUACUGUGGAAAGGAGAGGCUGAACUGCACAUUUGUAAAUAAAAAGAAUAAAUAUUUUGCACUAUAUUUUUGAAUGCUACUUUGAGGGUAAUCAUACAAAAAGUGAAAAAUCAUUAAAGCUACUUGUAAC